UGCAGCAGACCGAUAGCGGCGCAGUCUUACUUUAGGUGUACAAAAUGGAGUGUACUCCUCUUGUAGGCUUUGCGCUUACAUCCCAUACAGUCCCUCACAAGGUUGUAUACCAGUUUCGUGUGAAGCUAACUCGGCGCAAUAACCGUUUCUCACCUUUGUUUGAAACCACCGGAACCCUUUCAUACUUAAUUGCUUCCAUCUAUCCAUCUCAGGAGGGUUAAAGAUAACAACAAACACGAGUACUCGUCAUCAUGGCUAUCCUCAUGCGUACAGCGAAACGAAAGAUCUUGAUACCGGAGAAAGUAUCGCCAGAUGGACUGGCAUUGCUGAAAGACCAGUUCGAUGUAGAUGAAAAGAAGGGACUGAGUCCGGAAGAGCUGAAAAAUAUCAUUGGCGAAUAUGACGCCCUCAUCGUACGGUCUGAGACGAAGGUCACUGCAGAGCUCCUGGGUGCAGCCAAGAACAUGAAAGUCGUUGCGCGUGCAGGAGUCGGUGUUGACAACGUGGACGUUCAGAGUGCCACUUCACACGGUAUCAUCGUGGUCAAUUCGCCUUCUGGAAACAUCAACGCUGCUGCGGAACACACUAUAGCUCUCAUGAUGGCCGUAGCUCGCAAUAUUGGAGAUGCAUCACAGAGUAUCAAAGCUGGGAAAUGGGAGCGCAGUCGGUUGGUGGGUGUGGAGGCGAAAGGCAAGACUUUGGCCAUCGUGGGGCUGGGCAAAGUCGGUCUCACAGUUGCUCGUAUUGCCAACGGCCUAGGAAUGCGCCUCAUUGCAUACGACCCCUACGCAAACCCGAACCUAGCAGCAGCAGCUUCGGUGACUCUUCGACCAAGUCUAGCGGAGAUUCUGAAAGAAGCCGAUUUCUUGACCCUGCACACUCCCUUGAUCGCGUCAACCAAAGGCAUGAUUGGUAAGGCGGAACUGGAGACGAUGAAGCCAACGGCCCGGAUACUCAACGUAGCACGCGGCGGCAUGAUCGAUGAAGAUGCUCUCGUCGACGCUCUAGACGCUGGAGUUGUUGGCGGCGCGGGGAUAGACGUAUUCACAUCAGAACCACCUCAACAAGACUCAUCAGCAUCCCGCCUAAUUGCCCACCCAAAAGUAGUAGCAACGCCCCAUCUUGGCGCCUCCACCAAAGAAGCCCAAGAAAACGUAUCCAUCGACGUCUGCGAGCAAGUUGUCUCCAUCCUCAGCGGCGAGCUUCCCCGUUCAGCAGUAAAUGCGCCCAUCGUCCUCCCAGACGAAUACCGCACCCUCCAACCCUUCAUCAGCCUCGUAGAAAAGAUGGGCAGCCUCUACACCCAACACUACUCCUCCGCGAAGACCGGUUCCUUCCGCACAACCUUUGAUCUCACCUACGAAGGCAAGCUCGCCACAAUCAACACGACAAAACCCCUCUUCGCCGCUCUAGUGAAAGGCCUCCUCACGCCCAUCACCUCCAGCGACGGCCUAAACAUCAACAUCGUUAAUGCUGAACUGUUGGCCAAAGAACGCGGUAUCCUCAUCAACGAACAGCGCUCCCGCGAAAACGUAGAAGACAAACCCUACUCCUCCUUCAUCACCCUGCGCGCCCGCGCUUCACGCUCUGUAUCCCAACAACCGCGUUCACGUAACGUGUCUCCCUCUGCUGCGCGCGCCCUGCAAAACACAUCCAACGAUGACGACCAAAUAAUCCAAGGUUUCGUCUCCGGCAACAAACCCUUCAUCUCGCGCCUCGACAAGUUCAAGGGCGAAUUCGUGCCCCGCGGCACCCUACUCAUCUGUCGCAACUUCGACUCCGUGGGUAAGAUCGGGUACGUAGGGAAUUUGCUGGGGAAGGCGGGCGUCAAUAUCAAGUUUAUGAAUGUGGCGCCGUUGGAUGAGGAGGUGGAAGAGAGGUUGCAUGAGAGGAAUGGUGGUGGGGGGACUGGGAACGGGGUGGGAGAAGGAGAGGGGAGUAAUGAGGCGUUGAUGAUUUUGGGGGUUGAUAAGCCGGUUGGGGAGGAUGUGUUGAAGGCAUUGAUUGGGGAGGAAGGGGUUUUGGAGGCUAGUGUUGUGAAUUUCUGAGGGGGGUGGGGGUGUGGGUGGUUGAGAAGGGAUG